AUGGGUCGAGGCCAGAGAGAACCAAGCAGAGGUGCUAGGCCGACUGAAGCGAGGCAGUCUGCACUUGUCUAUGCUGCACAUCAUCGUGAGGAUGGAGAUGCUUCAGACGUCAUCACGGGUACGUUUUUAAUUCUUGAUGUAUUUUAUGUUGUACUGAUAGACAUAAGCCCUACACAUUCUUAUGUUGCAUGUUCUGUGUCUGAGACUUUGGGAAUUCUGCAUGAGAGCAUUUCUAGUGAAAUUUUAGUGGUGAGUCCGUUGAGACAGUCUAUUAGGGUUAAUAAAUUAUUUAGAGAUGCUCCGUUGGAAGUCCAAGGGACGAUAUUUUUAGCUGAUUUGAUAGAAUUUUCGUUUGGGGAGUUCGACCUAAUUCUGGGCAUGGACUGGUUGACGAAGCAACGUGUAAGUCUGGAUUGUGCUGAAAAGAGGGUUGUCUUGAGGACCGAGGAGGAUAGUGAGAUAGGCGUGAUAGGGGAACGACGGAAUUAUUUGUCUAAUGUGAUAUCUGUGUUAAUGGCAAAGAAGCUGGUGAGGAAAGGAUGUGAGGCAUUUUUGGCUUACAUCAGUGUUUCUGAUUCUGUAGACUCUUCGGUUAAGAACAUUCGUACUAUAAGGGACUUUUCAAAUGUUUUUCCAGAGGAGUUACUAGGAUUGCCUCCAAGUCGCAAGGUAGAAUUUGGUAUCGAGUUGAUUCCUGGUACAGCUCCGGCGUCUAACGCCCCAUAUUGA